AUGGUAGAUUCUCCUUUAAGUCUACUUACAUGGGAAUUAGAGUCCUUAGGCCCUCCCCAUGCAUCAAUCUUUGGAAGCGCAUUUGGAAAUUCAGGGUUCCUACCUGCCAGAACUAUUUUACAUACAAGAAUUCCCAUGCAUAGUGUUGAUUGUUCUAGGUGUAUUGAUCCUUAUGAGUCUGUUAUGCAUGCAUUAGUUCUCUGCCCCUUUGCUAGUAGGGUUUGGUUUCUCAGCUCUCUUUGUGUCAACAUUCAGGUCUUUCAAAACAAGUCUUUCAUUGACUGGUUGAAUUUUUGGCUUACAGACCCUGUGACUAAACUUCCUGAUGAAGAUCAAUGUCUCUUUGUUGCUGUCCUAUGGUCUACUUGGAGUAGUAGAAAUAACCUUGUUUUCCAAAACCUUAAAGAAACCCACUUAGCAGUCUUAGCUAGAGCUAGAGCUAUGCUUUUGACCAGGAAAUCUUGUUUAAUUGUUUCUCCUACUACUCCUGUUAGUCUGUGUGACAAAUGA